CCUCAGUUCACAGUCGUCCCUGCCAGGGAGGUGGUGGCUCCUCUGUCCCCAGUCCAAGUGGAGAGACACCCAAGACAGAAGAGCUGGGAGCCAUGUGGGGUGUUAGGGCCCUGCUCCUGCUGCUGACCGGAUGCCUGGCUGUGAGUGCGAAUUCUGUGCCGAUGCCGCCAGAUGACAUCCAAGUGCAGGAGAACUUUGACGAGUCCCGGAUCUACGGGAAGUGGUUCAACCUGGCUAUAGGCUCCACAUGCCCAUGGCUGAAGAGGAUCAAAGACAAGCUGAGCGUGAGCACGAUGGUGCUGGGCCGGGGCACCACGGAGGCACAGAUCAGCACGACCAAGACCCACUGGCGGAGAGGAGUAUGCGAGGAGAUCUCAGGGAUUUACGAGAAAACAGACACGGCCGGGAAGUUCCUCUACCGCAAACCCAAAUGGAACAUAACCAUGGAGUCUUAUGUGGUCCAUACCAACUAUGACGAGUAUGCCAUUAUUCUGACUAAAAAGUUCAGCCGCCACCAUGGACCCACCCUUACUGCCAAGCUCUAUGGGCGAGAGCCGCAGCUGAGGUACAGCCUACUGCAGGAGUUCAGGGAGAUGGCCCUGGGUGUGGGAAUCCCCGAGAACUCCAUCUUCACCAUGACCAACAGAGGGGAAUGUGUCCCUGGGGAGCAGACACCACAGUCCGCCCCAGCCUCGAGAGCCCGGCGGGCUGUGCUGCCCCAAGAAGAUGAAGGGUCAGGGGCUGGACAACCAAUAACUGAUUUCAUCAAGAAAGAAGACUCCUGUCAGCUAGGCCACUCGGCAGGUCCCUGCCUGGGAAUGUACAAGAGAUACUUCUACAAUGGCACCUCCAUGGCCUGUGAGAUCUUCCAAUAUGGCGGCUGUCUGGGCAAUGGCAACAACUUCAUCUCAGAGAAGGAGUGUCUGCAGACCUGCCGAACAGUGGCGGCCUGCAAUCUCCCCAUAGUCCGUGGCCCCUGCCAAGGCUCAACCCAGCUCUGGGCAUUUGAUGCCGUCCAGGAGAAGUGUGUCCUCUUCACCUACGGGGGCUGCCAAGGCAAUGGCAACAAGUUCUACUCAGAGAAGGAGUGCAAGGAGUACUGCGGUGUUCCUGGUGAUGGGGAUGAGGAGCUGCUGCGAUUCUCCAACUGAUGGCCAGAGGGUGGCCGGUGUUUCUGCCAGGGCAGGCUAGGCCAAGUGACCUGAGUCCAAAUAAAACCAGACUGCAUGUUGCUGGG